AUGCCGAGGCGUGGGCUGGAGGGUGGGGGUGGGGGUGGGGCUCGCUGUGCCAUCUCGGGGUGGUGGGCACCCCCGCUUGGCGAUUCCCUGGAAGCAGCUUGCAUCUCUCCCUCUCUUGGGGGCAACUCUCAGCCCGGAGAGUUCCUGGCACAACCCCGGCUUCAGGUUGUCGCUGCAGACCGAGGAUUUGCUGUAAGCUGUCUUGAAGGGCCAGGUAAGUUCUGUGGCUCCUUGGCUCCCAAGGAAGAACUGGUAUCCUCAUCCCAGUUGGAAGAGAAUGAAGAGGAAGAUCGUUCAGAUCCAGACCUUGUCCCAUUUCCAGAGCAGGAGGAGAAUGUUGGGGAUCCAGCAGUCCUCACUGCCAUUCAAAGUCCCCAGUCUCAGCCCCUGGACAUGUCACUGGUUCUUUUCCAGCCGGUGCUUCCGAGUGCCAGCUCUCCAGCCCGACACUUUGGACUCCAACAGCCCUCUCCGGACCCGUCUCUCUUCUGUAGCCCACUGACCACGUGGCCCUCCAGGCUCAGUCAUCUGACUCAACUCCACCCUCAGCACAAACGGAUCUUGCAGCUGCAGCAGCAAAGCCAAACAAGUCCCCCAGUCAAGAAGCCUUGGUCUCCGCAGCCAGACCCCUAUGCUAGCCUCAUGAGCCGCAAGGAGAAGGACUGGGUGAUCAAAGUUGAGAUGGUUCAGCUGCAGAGUGAGAACCCCCACCUGGACGACUAUUACUACCAGGAAUACUAUCGGAAGCUAGAGAAGAAGCAGGCAGAUGAAGAGCUACUUGGACAAAGGAACAGAAUUGAGACUUUGAAGCUGGUGACACCUUACAUCCAGAAGGCAGAGGCUUAUGAGUCUGUGGUUCGAAUUGAGGGCUCCUUGGGUCAGGUAGCUGUAUCAACGUGUUUUAGUCCUCGCCGAGCUAUUGAUGCUGUAUCCCUUGGAACUCAAGAGCAGGAAACUGGAGCUGCGAGCAGUCAGAGGCUUCGAGUAUUAUCCCGGAUUGAGAAGAUGUUUCUUCAGUUACUAGAGGUAGAGGAAGAGCAGAAGGAUGGGCCUCCACAGCCCUGCUACUCCGGGCAGAAGAGCUACCAGGUUGAGAAGCUCUUCCAGGCCUUAAACAUUCAGGAACAGGACAACGUGGAGGAGGCAGCAGAUAGCUUCCUGCAGGUACUGUCUGUGAAGAAGGGGAAGACCUUGGUGGCCAGGCUGCUCCCCUUUCUUCCUCAUGAUCAGGCUGUUAGUCUUCUUCUGGCUAUCAUCCACCAUCUGCCCAUCCUUGUUCAGAGAGACGUGGUAGACCAGGCCCUACACAUGUUAUUCAAGCCUCUGUGCAACUGUAUCAGAAACUUAACCUUCCGCGAACUUCUCCAAGGACUUCAGGGGCUAAUGUUGCUGCCAUUUGGCUCCUCAGAGCGUCGCAUUGCUAUGGUACUUCAGAACCAGUUUGGAAUAUCCUUGCUUUAUGCUUUACUGAGUCAUGGAGAGCACCUGCUAUCCCAGGAUUCUUCCCUUGAGGAGCUUGGUGAUCACACAGCUUGGACAGAGUUGGUGGUUCUGAUAGCCUGGGAGAUAGCCCGAAUUCCUGCAGCCUCCCUGGCAGAACCUCUAGCCUUUCCCAGCAACCUUCUUCCCCUGUUCUGUCACCAUGUGGACAAACAAUUGGUUCAACAACUGGAGGCCAGGAUGGAACUUGCCUGCAUUUCCUGAUGUUCUAGAAUAUGUGAGAAGUUUAAUCAGCUAACUGAAUUGUCUACAGGGAUCCAGAGUCUGAAGACAUUGCUUAUGCCUUAAUAUCCAAACCAUUUUUAUAUCCUUUUCUUAAAAUUUAAAUGUGCCCCAAAAUAAGGUGUGGCUGAAG